AAAUCGCUCUGUUAGGCGGCACGAGGGACUGUGUUUUAUGCUUGGAAUAGUAUUUAUAAAUAUACGCAUGUAGUAUAGUAGGUCCGUGUACCUACUUGUUUUUAAAACUUGGAAGUAUUUUAAAAUAUAUAAUUAAUAAUCCCCUCCCGUAAAAUAUAAUUUUUCGAAACUUUUUUGAAAGUUGUUAAAUCAGUAGUAAAAAUGAAGUGUGAACUUGUACCAUCUGAGGUAUCCGAAAAAGUGCCUUUUGUGUUGCCAUCAUAUAAUUCUUCAAAAGAUGAAAGUAACUUAUGUGGCCGCAUUAGUAAAAGUGGCUCGUUCAUGUGGUUGGUGAAUAAUGCAAGUAUUGAUUUUUGCAAUACUAGAGGAGAAUGGUGUGGUGGCCAUAAUUUUGAACAAGCAUUGAAAAAUCCUUAUGCUAAAAUACUCGAUGGAGUAGAGUUUACUUCAGCUCAUCUACCAUUUCCAGUACUAGCUGUGGUUGUUAAUCAAGAUCAUGACAGUUUGAUUUGUGUUAUGAAUGCUAAUUCAAAAACUGUUGAAAGGGUUAUUCUCAUUCCAGAAAAUGUGACUUCUAUAGAUGUAUUAAGUGGAAGUGGAGGAGCUUGUCGGGACACACAUUAUUUAAAUCCGAGACUGAGAUAUAUGUUUGGAAUUGUAGCAGUAGGAACUGUAAAUGGUCACAUUUACUUACUUGAUUUAUGUUUGGAUGAAGAUUUCUCUUGUAAUGAAGACCUGCCUAAUAUAACUGCUGUCGUAAGUAAAAAGGACUUCACUGCACAGAGAAGAGAGAUUGCUAUAUCCAAGAAGCAGCAUGUUUUCAUGCGUCUGAAUGAUAAAAGUAUUCAGGAUGGUUGUUUUCAACUACAGAGUCGAAGCAAUACAUUGGGACGAUUUCCUUGUGAUGAUGUAUUUGUAACUGCAUUACAGUACAUUCACAGCUUGGCAACUUUAGCGGUUGGUUUCAGUUUUGGAGGUAUUCAAUUGUGGAAUCUUCAAGAUUUGUCUCUGCAGUUUACUAUAUCAACUUCUCCUCAUGAACAACCUGUAAUUUCAUUUGCAUUUCAAGAACCUGAGAAUGAUCCACGGAAUUUCUGCUAUUUAUGGGUAAUUAGUGGGCCUCUACCAGAAGAAACUAAACCUAAAGAAGUAACUGUUGCAUCUUUAUAUUCUUUUACUUACAACAAGAGAAAAUAUGAUGAUGAGUUUGGGAUGUUUUAUACAGAUCUCCAAAGCUGUAACAAGAGAUUUGAAUACCCUUUGACAAAUGAUCCCUUCAAGCCCUUGCAUUCCAACUCAUCUAUAGGAACUCGUCUCAUAUCAUGUCAAGCGGUGCAUCUGACUGAUUCUUCGCAGGCUACGGAUAUGAAAUCAGGAAAUGCAAGUGAAAGUUUAUCUGAAGAAACAAGUUUGUGUUUUUUCUCGUGGGAGGUGUGGUUUGAUGGUGAAACUUCCCCAUCAUCAUAUCAUUUGGUUGUAUUUGAUCUCAAUCAGUGGUAUCAAGCCCAGAUGCCAUUUCAUUUCAGGUGCGAUUAUGGUGAACUCAGUCCAUUUAUGGCUAUUUAUUCCCUGGAGACAGUUGCUCAAAAUCUUCACCGUGAGCCAGUUUUGGGCAUCUAUGCAGUUCCCCAAAAUAUAAAAAAAUUCAAGUCCCUGGCAGCAUCUGAAGAGUUUUUCUAUCCAUCUGCUUUGAGCUUUUAUAUUCUGUGUUAUUCUUCUAGUGGUUUGGUGAAAGCUACCUAUCGUGGCAUUCAAAGAUAUUUGCUGUCUGAAAUGGCCAAACUGGGUCCUCAAGUUUUAAUUAAUCCUAAGGAUAUGUAUUCAUCUUUGAUGGUAACUGGCUUGGUGGAUGCUUGCAGUGAUGCUGAUGCUGUGCCUUUGCUUACACAAAGAGAAACACUUUUACAACUAGCACUUGAAUAUCACUACCCAUAUUUCUUUGUGAAAUGUUUGAAAGAAUGGCGAUAUUCUGAUUCGGUGCAUGAAUGUUGUACCUCAAGAGCAUUAUUGAACUGGGUUUGGAAAAGUGUGAAAAAUAUUAAAAGCUCCAUUGACAAAUUAAGUUUACCACUGUUUAAUUGCUGUGGUUUUGAUAUUGAUGGAUCAUCAUUGAAACAUCUGUACUGUUACAAACGACAGUUAAAUUUUAUAGAUUCUGUAAUAUCUGCUUACCAGGAAUAUGUAACACCAAGAACAGAGCAAGGCAUUCAAGACUUACAGUGCAGAAAAGAUGUUGUCAACUCCAUCAAUUUAUAUCUUCAAGUGUUACUGUGGUUACGCUCUGUUCACAUUCUCCCGGAAGUUUGUGAAGGGGAGGAAGUUGAGGGAGCUAGUAUUUUGUAUCCCGUUAAUUCAUUAGUAGAAGCUUAUGCUCUCAGGCGAAGGCAACUGCAGAGUAUACAUAGUUCUAUAGGUUCAACUGAUAUCUUGCUUAUUGAUGGAUUAAUUGAAGAGGCUGAUGUUAGUAAUACCUGGCAAGAAAAGGGAGGGACAUAUACUUAUCCUCCGCCAAGUAUUUAUGCUGCUGUCAGCUGUUAUCUCGUCGAAAGUGUCAGUACCGAGUUGAUCCAUGCCAUACUUUAUUACCUGCUGCUUGACAUAUAUAAUUUUUCCUCUUCUAAUGGAAAUGAUUUGUCAGACAGUGGAUUAAAGAAAUUUCCCAUCAUAUUUGGUAUGUCUCAAAGUAUGGAAAAAUUGAUAGAAGCCUUUUGGUUUUUAGAUCGCCAAGAUUUUGAAGAAGCCAUAAACAGGUUUUUAAAUCCUGCCAUAAGAACUUCAGAUAUUUUACCAUGGCAACAUCAAAGGAUUAUCAAAUCCUUUUUAUAUUUAAGAGAACCUCAAAAGGCCCUUAAGUUCAUUGAUUACAUGGAUCCACCACAGAAUUCUGUAGAAGAAAUGAAAUUGUACUUAUCUGUUCUAUUGUCCCAUGGUGCAAUUACUCGAGCAUUUUAUUAUCAGAGAAAAAAGCAAAAUGGUCCACAGGCUGAGGAGCUGCUGAUACAUUUGUUUCGUGGUUGUCAAGAAAUGCAUAAAAUGAAAGAACUUCUCUAUAUGCCUAUGAAUACAUUUGAAUCAUCUUUGUUCGUGAAGUACCUGUCUGAGAAUGAAGAUUUUCGAGCUCAAGAAGUCUUGGUUAUCUAUCAUUUGCGGCACUGUAACUAUUCUGAAGCUUCUAGAGUGAAUGAGAGACUGUCACAUUGCCAACUGAGUGGAAAACCAUUCGCAUCAGAUAGGGCAGUUGACAGGGAUGCUCUUGUUGAAACCUAUCUAGCUGCUGUGCCAAGGGCUGAGAAACGACUGGUUGAAGAAAUUAAACGGCUGCCUUCCAGAACGUUUGAGAAGGCAGGCAAGUCCAACUAUGUUUUGCAACCUUUGUCACUUCCUAUAAGGCAAAGCUCUACUCAAGGAGAGACAUAUUCCGACUUCUUAAAUGCUCUGAUGUGUUCGGCUUCGGCUAUGUUCGCUCCGAGCCCAUGCAAUGCAGCUGAUUCCCAUUUUGCUCUUCCACACGAGAACAAAACUCCACUAAAAGCAAGGUCAGGAACCAGUUUCGAAGACUUUCCAUUUCUCCGACCUCCAGUCACUCCUGAAUGUGCAAGGCCAUCAGUGGAACCAAUGAGGGCGACUCCCAUACUGAAACGUAACUUAUCAUCUACUAAUUGUAAUGAAGAGUCAUCACCGACAAAAAAGUCUAGAUUACUGGAUAAUGCUACCUUCAAAGUUGGAUUAUCAUCAAAAAGGAGCAUACCCAAGAAUUUAGCUGGUGAUGUUGCCUCAUUGUUGCAGACUCCUCCGAUUCACAGGAAAUCAUCGAAAUUAGACAAAACCAGCAUCUUUCGUCAGAGUACCCCAGUGCCCCAAUCCAUUUUAAAGAAACCUACUCAAACGCCUAAGUGUAAGGAGAUUGAUUCACCUGUGCUGAGUUCUAUUUCUGGGUGGUCUGAAAAAGAUAAAGAAUCUGAUGAUGAACUUUUGCUGGAUACUUUAACAGAAAAUCCACUUAUAGCUGAUUCUGAAAAUCUUUCCAGACAAAUCAGAUUCAAUGUAACUGUAAAAGAUCAGAGUUCUGUCAAGGAAAGUACUAUACCCCCAGAAAUUGUUUCUGGUACAAGCAGUGAACAAGGCGAGCCAUUGAUGGAGAGCUCUAUUUCCCAAGUUGAAAAAUCCAAGAACUUAAGAUCUAAAUUAAAUGUUCACAUUUCCGAAGUAAAUGAAGGUAUUAUGCAGAGAAAAGCGCUGACUGAUUUAAAAAGACGGCAUUUGAAACUAGCAUCAGAAAAUAUUACUCCUGUUCCUCCAUCUGAAAGUGUACUUUCUGAGAAAAGCAUCAAUUCAAUAGAGUUCGUGGGAAGAAGUAUAGAGGUUGCUUCCAGUGCAUCAGAUUCACUUAGUAAUUUGCCUGAAUGCUUCCAUGAAGAACCAGUGUCGGAAGAAAAGAUAGCAAAGGUUACUGUUACAGAUGAGAAAAUGGAAUCUAAGCUCCCUGUUUCAUGUGACAUUGAAAUGUCUAGUUCUAUAAUGGGACAAGAAGAUUCUGUUUUCACAGCUCCACCAAGAAGGUCUUUUGUCAUCAGUCCUCGUCGUCCAUUAAGACAGAGUAAUAGUAUUUCACCACAGUGUGAGCAGGAUACAGAAGAAAAAACUAAAACAGACUCUUCAUUGAAGGAAAGAGCUGCCGAUCCAAUUAAAUUGGUUUUCAAUCCUGAUGAAGAGUGUAUGCAGAUGGAUAGUCCCGAAAGUGAUACCUUUUUUUCACCGAGUUCAGAUUUUGAUUUUGACACCCCGAGUUCUUCAAAGAAGCCCCAACCCAGAACUCAUUGCUCUUCUGUAGCAAAGAGCAUUGCAGUGUUUGAAAGAAAUGAGAUACGUCAGGAAAUUUUACAUUUCCUAAAAGAGGAAGAAUCAGUUCUUCCAAAAGGUGAAUUCAUUCCAUUUGAGAAGAAAACAGUGACUUCACAGCCCAAAAAAUUUGUUUUCAGAAAAAGUGUUUUCCCUCAAAGUAUUGAGACAGAGUUGCAAGAAGAACCUCAAGAAAGAAAAAAAGUUUCUUCUACCAAAGAAAGUGACAAAGAUGUAUCUGAGUCUAGAACAUCAUUUUGGCUUACCAGUGCAACAUCACAGACUUAUGAAGAAUUCUCCAGUACACUCAGAAAUCGUAUUCCUGAUUCAGGGAAAGAUGGUGAACAGGCAUUUGUAAGCAGUCCUACAGACAAUGAGUCUAAAGAAAAGUCGAAGGAAAUUUCAAAAGGAACAACUAAAGGAACUGAAGAAAGUGGUUCUGAUAAAACAUGCACUGAUGUUAAAAAGAAUGUGAAAGAGCCAUCGUCUGUUAGUACUCCAAGAUUACCCAAAAAGAAAGGAAAAGCAAAAGAUAAAAUUUCUAAGAAGACAGAAUUUUCCUUUGCUGAGCCACAUUCUCCAGCUGGACCCGAAAUCCUUGAAGCAUUGUCUUCGCCACCGGAUCACCCCGUGCCCACAUUUAUGUUCUCGCCUCCUCUGACGAGAGGAAGACUGCGGCAGAAGAGAUUAAGUGAAUCAAUGGAGAGUUCUUUUUCAUCAACUGCAUCUAAUGUUUCCUUCCAAGAGAAGAAACCUCCUGUGGAUGCCAUAUUAGAAAAAAUUAUGCAAGAGAAAGCACCAGAAUCCAAAGCUUUAACUGCUACAAAGCUGGCAAAAUCAAUAAAGAAGAAAGCCAUAGCAAAGAAAACCAAUAGGUUGCACCCCAUUCUAGAAUCAUCUGAUGGUUCUUCCAUACUGGACAAAUCUUCAAUGAAUCAAAGUAAAAACCUUUCGCAAUCACCAUCCAUGCAUUCAAUGGUUCUGAGACAAGGGAAAGUGAAAAAGAAAGCAGGGAAUGUUUCUUUCAGCUCUAUGCAAUAGAAGGAAUCAUAAAAUAAUUGGGCUUUCAGCUUGCUGAAACCAAAUGCUGUCUGUAAUUUUCUGUAUAUAUUACUAUAUGUAUUUUAUUGUAUUUUAGGAUUUUGGUGUUUUGUUUAGAAAUAUAUAAAAAAAAUUCCUAGAAAA